UCACCAAGGGAGAGGGCGAAAGAACCACGUCACUCUUUUAAACUUGAAAAUUGCUCCUAUAACUUCUUAUAACAUCCUUUCUACAAAUUAGUUUUGAUUUUCGAACAUUUCUGUGGCGCCUUUGCAAAUGAUGCCAGGAUUUAGACUUAACUUCGCUCCACUAAAGGAACCGCUGGGUUUCAUACGGGUGCUGGAAUGGUUCACAGCUGUUUUUGCCUUUGGAAGUUGUGGUGGCUAUUCUGGCAGAAAAGUCAUCUCCCUGAACUGCACUGAAGGAGCAAACCAGACAUUAACAGCGGCUUUCUCUUAUCCUUUCAGGUUAAACCAGGAGGUUCUUGUGGAGGGCAACACCACACUAUGCAACCGCACAGUGGGAGAGACCCACUUGAUGGGGGACUCUGCAUCCUCCGUGGAGUUCUUUGUGGGAGUCGCUGUGAUGGCCUUCCUUUACUGCAUGUUGGCUCUUCUAGUCUAUCUGGGCUACAUGCACGUCUACAAGGACUCCAACUUUGGGCCCAUGCUGGACUUUGUGGUGACCGCCGCCUUCGCCUUCCUGUGGCUGGUGUGCUCCUCAGCCUGGGCCAGGGGCCUGCAGGUGGUCAAAGACGCCACAGGCCCUGCAGGCAUCAAGUCCACCCUGAGUCUGUGUACCAUGCCAGACGUGCACUGUGAGGUCAGCAAGAUGGCCAACAUGCGCAGCCUGGACAUUUCCGUGGUUUUUGGCUUCCUGAACGUGAUUGUGUGGCUUGGCAAUGCUUGGUUUGUGUACAAGGAGACACAGUGGCACUCCCAAAAGGCUGCUGCACAGCAAGCUUCAGGCCGCAGGUCGGCCCCAGCCCCUGCCCCAAUUUAAACUGCGGACCCACCCCUAAACAGGGCCCUCUCUCAGGCCAGCAGCCAUGGCCUCUCCUGCUGUUGCCAGAGAAGCGAAACCUCUCGUUUUUCUCUUGUCCUUUUCUUUCUUCCUUUUCAGCUCACCCCUACUUUAGCUGUCUGCCUGAUGCCACCCUGAAGUAGUCUAUAUACCGGGACGUAUUACCUGCUUUUGCUCUUUAAUCACUAAAAGUGUUCUUUUUUUGAGAAUGUGUUUGUGUAUUUACCUAAGCAAAGCACUUAUCGGUGCAAACAGAGCCAGAACAGCUUUGCUUUAAAUUUGAUUUCUUGUACACUUGCUUAUUCCAUGAUAUGUCCCUGAAGCUUUAUAUACAGAUGUGCCUGAUCCAAAGCUUUCCUCUUGUUUGUGACCCUCUCUGAGGCUCCUUAAGCCUGGUACUGUUUUAUAAUUAUUAUUUUUCAAAUGAAUGAGAAACGUCCUUGAUUUUGUAUGCAUUAGCUCUUAUGACGGUUGAUUUUUUUUUUUUUUUGUAUUGUGUGUUGUGCACUAAUUUUACCAUAUGUUUGAAUAUGCUGAAUGUUAAUGCCUGAAGGAAGAAUUUACACCUCAAAAUGUGCAUGUUACAAGCUUUAUCAUGAGGUUUUUUGUUCAUUUUUUUACUUUGUUUGGUAUUGAUUGGUUUUGUUGUGUGAAAGGAGUAAUUUUUGACAAUGCAAAGAUGUUUCAUUCCAAGUCCAAAGCUGAAUAUUGAACAUAAUAUGCUGUUAGAGACACAGUUCAGGGUGUCUAUGGAUCCUAGCAUAGGGCUAUUUUAUUUUGUCUUGACAGAAAUCCUUUCAAGAGUUAUUAUAUUUUAUGCAGUUAUUUUUAAAUAAAGACCGUCCCCAAGGAAAACAAUAAAGAUCUUCCUCCUUUCCCUGAAACAGUGUCUGUCAU